GAAGCAGGAAGCCCAACUCCCAGCCUUUGAAAAUCAAUAGAGAGAGAGAGUGAGAGGAGGGAGAGAGAGAGAGGAGGGGAGUUAGAGAGAGAGAGAGUGGGAGAUAGGUAUAGAGAGAGAGUGUGUUGAUAGAGAGAGGGGGGCUAAUCUAGAGCCUCCUAGAAGCUUCUAGAACCCCCUCUGUAGAUUGUGUAAAGAAUUGUGGUUGUAGAUAUACAAAUUUCUGUUGAUUUCAUGGAAUAUUACGGGAAAAACCCUACAUUGGAGGGAUCUUCAAUUGAUCCCUCUCCUGAAUGGAACGAGGUUGGUCUCGAAGAGUCCAUGUGGCGAUUGAGCCUUGGAAGAGAAAGUGGUGGGGAAUAUUACCCAGAAAGGCCAGGAGAGGCUGAUUGUAUGUUUUAUAUGAAGACAGGGUUUUGCCGCUAUGGGGCCAACUGUCGUUAUAAUCAUCCUCACGAUCGGAAUCCGGCUGCAGACGUUCUGCAAACUGGAGGAGGAGAGUACCCAGAGAGGGUGGGCCAGCCUACUUGCCAGUAUUUUAUUAAGACCGGUACAUGCAAAUUUGGAGCUACAUGCAAGUAUCACCAUCCAAGAUAUGGGGGUGGAUUGAUGAGCCCUGUUGGACUUAAUAUUUUAGGCUACCCAUUACGACCGGGUGACAAGGAGUGUUCCUACUAUGUGAAAACUGGACAGUGCAAGUUUGGCCCAACCUGUAAAUUCCACCACCCACAGCCAGUCAACACCUCGUUGCAAACAACACCUGCACCUCAGUUUUAUCCAACGGUGCAUUCUCCUUCACAACCUUCUCCUCAGCAGUAUGGGGGAGGAAUGGCGAGCUGGCAGGUUGCUCGCUCGCCAUUCCUGCCUGGUUCAUAUGUCCAAGGACCCUAUAGUCCUGUGAUUCUUCAUCCAGGGGUGGUACCACUUCCUGGUUGGAGUGCUUAUCCGCCUCCUGUAACUCCUGUGGCAUCACCUGGUGCACAGCAGCCAGUGGGAACAGGCUCUCUUUAUGGAUUGUCUCCGACAGCUACUCCAUAUCCUGGAUUCUUUUCUCCUGUAUCUUCUUCCGUUGCUGGACCUUCAGGUACGAAAGAGAACACUUUUCCUGAAAGACCUGGUCAGCCAGAAUGCCAGUUCUACAUGAGAACAGGGGACUGUAAAUAUGGGUCCACGUGUAGAUAUCAUCAUCCCCCGGACAGGAUAGUUCCACAAACAAACUGCACUCUCAGCCCCAUUGGUUUCCCUUUACGCCCGGGGGCCCCAACUUGCUCGUUUUACGCACAACAUGGAGUAUGCAAAUUCGGACCCACUUGCAAAUUUGACCACCCAUUGGGCUCAUUGAGCUACAGCCCUUCCGCAUCUUCUCUAGCUGAUAUGCCGGUUGCUCCUUACCCUGUUGGUUCCUCUCUUGCGACUCUUGCUCCCUCUUCUUCUUCUACCGAUCUUAGUGGGGCUCAAAAGUCCUCUGAAAACCCCUCGAGUAGCUCGAUGGGUUCCUCCCCACUUAAAGGCACCCAAUCUUUGCAAACCCAAACCUCUGCUCAGAGCUCUACCCCCUCAAGUAGUAGUAGCACCACAGGCCAUGGAACUGAAAACCCCAGUUCGAUCUGAGAGACUCAAGUUCCAAAACCUGUUUCAUACCCCAGUGAACCAAAAUGUCACAGACCCCAAUGUCUGUACUUCCUGAAAGUUCUAUUUCAGGACUCUGGGAACAUGAAAUGUUUACUCAUGGAUUUUUCUUCUUCAAGAACCUCCAAUACCCAUUUUCUCAGCAGUCUUCAAAAGACUUGCCAUUUGAUCCAGCUCUGACCCACGUUAGAUCAGCUUGCCCAUUGUCAUAUUAUGUUCGCUACAUCUCCAAAAUCUUUGUUAUUUUUAAUAAAGAAGCCUUGGUUCUACAGAAGGCAACAACCAAACCCAAACCCUUUACCCUCUCUUUUCACAUUAAUAAUGGCCCGUUGUUUACAAGGUUAAGAAGGAUAGCCAUAUCUCUCAAUUCAUAAGGAUGUGCAGGCUGAAGGUUGGUGUUCUGUGUCUUGUUUUGGAAGAAGAGGACCAGAUUUUCCCGGGCAAGUCCUUUUUUCUUUUAUUUAUUGUUAUUUUUAUUUCACCUCUUUGUCACAAUAUAUGAACAUUAUGACUUAUUGGUGAAGUCUUCCAAUUUUGGUGUGAUGGCUUCUUAGUAAUCAAAUUUACAGGAUUGGGAGUCAUUUUUGUCUUGCGGUAUUAAUCAACUUUGAUUGAUGCUUGCAUGGGAAACACAUGGCUUGGAUAGGGGAAAAGCAAUAUUAUUGUGAACGUUAUUAUCAUUUGUAUAUUUUCAUUUCAGGUCAUUUGGUUGGAUUCAAAUAA